AUGGCUCGAAUGCAGUCCGAUCUGAUGGCCGACCUGAGAUCUGGAGAUCUCGAUCUGGAGCUCUUGGCAGCCAGCUGCGGAGGCAGAGUCCAGUCAUUCUGCAGGUAUGCGGACGACUACUUAGUGUUGUUCGAGGGCAGCGAUGACACUCUCAGUGCGUGGGUGAACCUGCUCAACGGCAAGAACCCUAACAUCAAGGUCACCACUGACAUUGAAGUUGACCGACAGCUGCCCUACUUCGACAUCCUCAUAACAAGAAAGGAAGACCGAUUCAGCACUAAGGUCUACCGGAAAGCAUGCAGCACUGAUCAAGUACCGGCAUUCUCAUCAUACACCGAGACCCGCUAUCUCAGGUCGGCCAUCAGAUCGGACUGCAUUCGAGCCAUCCGCUACUGCACGACCAUCAAAACCCGCCAGCAGGAGUUCGACUUUAUACGCCGCAAGUUCCGUCAGCAUGGCUACCCGCUCCCAUUCAUCGAGUCCACCAUCCAGAAAGCGCAAGCGGAUCUCAGACUGAAGGCCAGGGCUCUACCGUCACCACCAAGCUCGACCUCACCAGCUGCGCCUGUCAGAGUGUCAGUCCCGUUCGCUGGCUCCUGUUUUUACCAGCUCAAGCGGGAAGCCAGCAAGAUCGGCAUCCAGCUGGUCUCCAAGCCGUCGCUGACCAUCGGAUCAUUGCUCUGCAGUAAAGCCAAGCACCACUUGCCGAAGCUGCAGGAGAGCAACGUGGUCUACAAGAUCGAGUGCUCCUGCCAAGUUGACGGUGAUCCUGUGGUCUACAUCGGCGAGACAGACCGUGAGCUGGGAACCAGAGUCAGAGAACACCGGGAGAGCUGGACUGGAGCUGUUCGCUCGAGAGCCAACGCAUCGGCCUUCAGUGCUCACAGGGAUUGUUCACCUGCCUUCGAUGAGGUCAAGGUACUAAAUCGAGCCAGCCACUACCAGAUGCGACUGCUGCUCGGGUCGGCGUACAUCCGGACUGUGGGACGGCGGGAGGCCGUCUUGGUGUCGCCUAAUGAUGCGAAUGUGAACAGAAACUCAGGUGCGCUGCUGCAAGACCGCUGGCUGCCAAUAAUUCGUCGUGUUUGCCAGUAG